AUGGAUAGACGGCGAAAGAUUUCGCAGACUUCAGGGGGGAACAGAGGAAGCGCUCCAGGAUACGAAAAACCGGUCCACAGACCAUUGUCGAAUCCUACUACUCUUCCAAGACUUGAAUCGCGAGGUAUAUCGGUAGGUGGGGUGCCUUUAAGUUCCCCUACCGAGUGCAAUCGAGCAACAUCGACUGGUCCCACAAUGUCGAGCUAUUCUAGCACACCAAAUCAUGGUUCGCCACCAAGUCGAAUGAAUUCAGCAAGCCCAAUCUAUGCAAAUCACAAUCCAAGCGCAUCUCCUAAUGUCACAAGCAGAAAAUGUCGUCCGUCAUCAUCGAUGCAAUUCACAUCACAAGAAAACCCUAUUCUUGCUGACGACGACCCGGUGGACAGACAACCUUCUGGAAGCAGGACUGAUAGAAGCCCUGGACCAGCACGGAUCCGAAGCACCAAGAGUCCGAAGCGAAAGGCAAAAUCGAGACCAGAUAGGAAAUCAUCCGAAAGUAGAGCGCAAAACGGCGAUGUUGAGACGACAAGGCUUGAUACACCAGCUGCCUCUGCAUCCGUUGGUAGUGGAUCAAUAGGCAACACAUCUGUCGGUGACACGUCUAUAGGCAUGGCGGCCAGUGCAUCAGCUGGUGUAGCGGCUAGUGCAUCCACUGUUGCAGGAAGUCGAGCGGGAACUGCUAUUUCUUCUAAUGAUGUCACCGAUGCCCACAGAGAUUCACAGGAUCUUCUAGCAGCUGCAAGAGGGAAUGAAGUUGAUGGGGAUUAUAUUCGACAUAUGUUAGAGGUCUGCAAGAAAGACCAAGAAAAGUUACAGGUUAAGCUGAACAAUGCUCUAGAGAAUCCAGAUGGGAUGCAAAAUCUGGAGCAACUCUUUACGGUCAACGACGAACUUAUUUCGGCUGUGAAUGCAGGGAAGGAAGCUCUAAAAAAAGAGAAAAAGAAGAAGCAAAAGCAAAAAGUUCUGGACGGCCCAACGAUUGAACUGCUGGUACAAAAUGAAGACGUUUUCAGCUUGAUAUGUAUGUUGAGGGCUCCUACAGAAAAACGGCUGUCUGCAGCUCUGGCAUUGAUGAGGUUUGCAAAAGAUAAUGAUGCACUGAGAAAUGAAAUACGAUCAUCUGGAGGAAUGCAUUCGUUCUUGACCCUCUACCGAGGAAGGAGUACAAAUCGAGAUCUUCGAGUGGUUGCAAGUUUGGCAGUAGCGUAUGUUCUCCCCUCAUUUGUUGUGAAGUCGCAGGUGACUUCACCAAUGACAAUGAAGUUCUUGGAAUGUCUUCGCUUCUUGGUCACGUCACCCCCAGCGUCACCACAAGAAGUGAGUAUCUCACGGCAAGAGAUGUACCGCGCUGCAUCUGCUGGAGUAAAUGCGCUCUGGACCAACACAAUUGGACCCCUGAUAGCCCUUGAGAAAUCAAAACAGGUGACGAGGGUUGAUAUGGCAACGUUGGAAAAGCAAAUAUCCGGCUUUCGGAGAUUUCGUGCUAGAUCAGGAGGCGGUGUUUUUGAUCAAGGACAAGAACUGAAAGAAGUACAGGAUAUGACUGAGUUGGCAGUGACUUUGAUCGCACAUAUCGCAAAGGCGGCAAACCAAGAAGGCGUGCAAACCGCUUAUGGCAUUGUAGAACAGAUUUGUGCUGAAGAUAUGGCGAGACCUAUUGCAGUUCGCGAGGGGCUACUUUCGACUCUUGUGGAGUGGAUUCGAUCGAAAGACCUUUCUCAGAUGCGCUCAAGUGCAUCAGCCCUUCGAUACCUGAUUUCUAUUGAAGAUAAAUACAAUGCUGGUUGGAUCCAUUCUCAAGUUGUUAACGAAGGUGCCGUCAGUGAAAUCGUCAAGCUUUUCAAUGAAUCUGUCGGAAAUGAUGUACGCGAAGCUAUCGCAGAGAUGAUUUCAGCUCUUUGUCAAACUCCUCCUACGCGAGCGGCAGUCGUGGAGUCAAACUGCGUCAUAUAUUUGGUAUCUCUGUUGUAUGAACACAGUAGUCCGUCAUCAGAAAACAUGGUGCACUAUGCAGCAAGUGCGCUGCUACAAUUAGCUGCUGGGGGAAUAAUGCAAGCCGGGACCUCUACGUUAAGCAAACGUGGGUCCAGUGUGAUGGAUAGGCAAGAAACAGUAUUGAAUGAGAUGAUUGAAGGCUGGGCUCACGGCUCAUUUGUCCAGAUUGCUCUAGAGCAUCAGGGUCGCCUUCGUUCUGUAUCUGUUGAGGCCAUUCGUGUUUUAAGUGAAGACACAAAUCGCGGCCGUCAGACACGUCUUCAACUUUGUAAUGCAAAUGCAGCUGAGGCGCUGGGGAAAACUCUCAAGGAUAGCUUGGGUGACCUGUUGCCUCUUGCAGAGACUAGUGGAUUUGGACAAGAGUUUCGUGACCCCGAGGGCCCACUGUUCACUGCAGCCAAGGAUGUUCACGCAUCGCUCCGGGCACUAUCGAAUAUCUUGGAACCAUCGCAAAAGCGUCCAUCGUCGAAGUACUCUCAGUCACAAGCAAUAAAUCCAAAGGAAAUGCUAAUCAAGGGUUGCAUGGGCCUAGUGCAGAGCGAAGGAAUGGAUCCUUUGAUUUGGAUUUCAUCACUACCAUUAACUCCGUCUCCCCUUUCUCAAAGCGGUGUUUUCAUGCCCGACAGAGAAGACUUGGUAGCCGAAGCAUGCAAAUCACUUGCAAAUCUAUCGCCCCUACUUCUGUCAGACCUUGCGUCUUCCAGUGGCAGUGCUAAGUGGGCCAUCAGCGUCUUUGAGUCCCUUGAUCGGAUGUUGGAUGCUGGAGGUGAAGAAGAUAGCAAUACUACUCAUCAAGAACUGUCGUCAGACCUUUGGAUUGACGCUCUGAAAGGGAUUGGGGCAUUGGCAGAGUAUGAACCACUGAAAAUUAAGAUUGUGGACCAGACGAUAGCCAAACUUCUUCAGCUUAAGACUCUUAGUGGUGAUACAGGAGACGUAUCAAACGCUGCCAAUCAAGUGCUGCUUUCCCUCGGUUUCACAGAAGAUGAAAUUGCUGUACAAGCUGCUGGAAACGACCCUAGGCUCUUAGUUGAUUGGUUCUGUCUCCAUCGAGGAAUUGUAAUUCAAGCUAUGGCCCGUGACGAAAUCCGGGCGCAAGUUGCCGAUAUGUGGACCUCCCCACUUGAAGAUUCUGAUGUGAAAUUGUCUUUAAGUAACCUUCAACGAAAUGAGUCAAAUUCCUGGUCCGUGGGCCGAGAAGAUCAGUUGUUCGAAAAUUUCACCUCAGAUCGCGACUCAAUGAGCUACAGGGAAACAUUGUUGCAGCAAUAUCAUUAUGUGUAUCAGCAUGAAUUGAUCAGGCUCGAGAAUAACUACGGAAUCGACCAUGUGAUUGACGAUUCCAAAGACAAAAGGAGCUUACUAUCUUCACAUGUCUUCCCACUCAACCACGCAAUGGUGGAAAGAGAUUGGGUGCUAUCCCACCGACAAAGGGUGUUGUCAAACGACGAGCGCAGAUUUAGCUCUUCGCCUUAUUUGCCAGAGAGGGUAGAAAAGCUUCUCGAUAGUUGCUUUCCAUGUGUGCUUUUGCGCAAUGAGAUCAUUCCAAUGCAGGACUUUUCUCCAGAAGCGAGUUUCGACUUCCGGGCAUUGAUGAUGCCCCAACGGCAGUACUUCUCGUUUCGGCGGGAAGGCCAGCUUCUCGCGCGCCUUUGCGAAAAGCAGGCUGCCGUCAUUGACUCUGUGGAUGUCCACUGGACACUCUGUUUCACCAAUAGUACCUUCGCAGGCGAGUUUGUCGAGUCUCUUGUGCAAACACUCUACCUAUGUCCAAUGAUCACUGGACUCUCAUUUUCGAAGAAAUCCAGUCUCCUUGGAAUUGGAAGAGACACCCAUAGCGAUGAUGAGAUUGGGAGUGGAUUGCUGGCAAACCUUGCAGGCUCUUUACCACCAUGGGUUUCGUUUCUGACGUUUGAUAAUACUCUGGGGGACAAAGACUUAAGAUCAUUAGUAUCUAUUCUCGACACUAUGGGAAAGUUGUCUCUUGAUUCAAACAUUGGAGGGUCAACACAAAACAAUCAGAGCCAGGGAAAGUAUACUUGCAUGAGCAUUCGGAAUACGCCUCACAUUUCCCGCGAAACAUGGGGAAUUUUCUUUAACCUUCUUGGAAAAACUGGUCCGUCGACUCGGGGUCCAGUUUCGAUGCCGCUAGCUUCUCUGAAAGUACUUGAUCUAAGUGGGAACAAGCUUGGGGACGAAGCAUGUGCCUUAGUACUUGAGCUUCUCCACGAAAAAGACUCUGGGUGCAGUGUAGAAAAGCUCGACCUAUCUGGAAACAAAAUUGGCCGCGGAGCGAAUGUCGUACGAGUUUUGAAAUCAUAUAUUGAGUACUACAGGUACGAUCAACUCCAGGGUACAACAACCAGAAACAGCUGGAAAUCAUCUCUACACACAUUGAACUUGGCAGAGAAUGACCUCUUUUUGGGUCAAGUUGCGCUUGAGAUUUUUGGUUUGGCCCAGAACAAUGCUCUCUCCUUAAAGUACUUGGAUCUAUCCAACAAUGGUUUAGAAGGGGAUCCUUAUCAGAUCAUUGCUGGCUCAUUGCCGAAAAAUACUGCUCUUUCACAUCUGAAUCUAUCCGGGAACAAAUUCAGCGCACCAUUGAUCGAUUACAUCUUCCACCAUCUUUCUGAUGUAGAGGUAGACAGCGGCUUAUCGUUCUUGCAGCUUCAGAAUAAUCGUCCUUUGUUGACAAGAUCACAACAAGAUACUCUUGAUAAAUUCCUCAGAAAAUCAAGGAAGAAUGCAAUAGAAAGGCGGGUAAAGGGUCAGGAAACUGGGCAAAACGAGGUUGCCGCCAUUCCUGAAUUUGGUUUGGACGAGGUUGACACAGGAGAUAACAUGAUCACUGUCCUCUUCUCUGCUCCUCUUGUUUUUGCAGACGACGAAAACUACCUUCAUCCGUUUGCCAAACUUGAUUUUGAUAUGGAGAGAGAGUUGCUUUGGCAAUGCAUGAAGGAAGCUUCGCGUGACAUAGAGCUUUCAUUUGAUAACGCUCAUCACUCGCGUUUGCUGGCGACGCUAACAAAACGAUGCAGUUGCUUGCACUAUUCAGGGCAUGGUCAUCCAAGCAACUUCCUGCCAUUUGAAGACGGAAUGGGUGGCCCAAAUUGGUUGAAUGUACAAGAUAUCGAAGAUUUGAUUGUUAGAGAUGGAGUUGCACCAUUCAAGUUUGUCUUUGUAUCAGCAUGUCAUUCUGGGCUCGCUGGCGAGACCUUUGCAUCCGCCGGUGUUCCCCAUGUUGUGUGUUGCCGACAAGAGUCGGAACUCAAGGAUACAGCUGCACUCGCAUUUACACGAUCAUUCUAUCUAGCACUUGCUGUUGGACAAACCGUCAAGGAAUCCUUUGAACAGGGGUGCAAAGCAGUGAGGGCCACUCCAAACCUCAAAGAUCCUGAGAAAGAAAUGGAAAAGUUUGUUCUACUUCCAAAGGACGGAAAUCACAAUGUUCCUGUCUUCAGAGCACGGCGUGUUCCUCAGUGGCCAAAGCAGAUUGGCACAAAAGCGAAGAACAAGCGCGGUUCAUGGUUGUUAUCAUCAAGGAACCAGAGAAGCUCCAUUGCAAUAACUGGGGGAACGAAAAAUUCUGAGCUGAGUGUUCGAAACAUGAUUCAAGAAGAUCCUGCCCCAUCUGCUCCCAAUUGUUUCUUGGGUAGAGAAGUUGACAUGUACUAUGUCCUAACAGCUAUCCUGAAGAUGCGAAAGCGGCUAGUGUCUGUACUCGGAGAGCCUGGAAUUGGUCGUUCGUCGCUUGUUUGCGCUCUGUGCCACUACAUCAACGAGCGUGCAAGCACGGUAACUGAGGUCCAGCAUAUCUAUUUUAUCAGACCGAAGCACGGCGGUCGCAACGUUACAUGUCGCUCGCUACUUCGUCAACUGAUGGACAAACUGGAGGAGUCUGGAAAAAGUGCUCCAAUUGAUCAGGAUGCAGAUCUCGAGACAAUGCUUGACGCUGUUUGUAAGAGCUUGAAGAAUGACAAGGCUUUGAUUGUAUUCGAUCGCACUGAGCUUUUGGACCAAGAUGAUUCGGAAGAACUCCCAAUGAUUUUGAGCUCGUUGCUUUAUGACACGAAGCAAGUGAAAAUCCUUUUGACAUCGAAACAUUCACUUGGCCAACCGUCUAUCGGUGGCCAAGUAGAACACCCCCACCAACUUGGGCCUUUGAACUUUGAGAAUACAGUGAGACUGUUCUCCAAUCUUUGCCCACAUCUUUAUACACCUUCAGAACGUAACCAGCUGCGAAAGAAACUCGUUGUGGGGAAUGAAUAUGCCGAUUGUUUCCCUGGCGAUGACUGGAUCGACGAAUCAACCAAAUCAAUUUUUCGUCUUCUUGGAAAUGGGAUACCGGCAAAGAUUGAAAAAGCUGCCUACACUAUCUCACAGAAAGAUUUAACGAAUCUGUAG